AAGAUAGCUCAAGGCAUGUCUUGCGGGCUAAAGCCCGCAAACAACGGAAGGUGUGGUUUUGUGCUGGGCAUAUCCAGCGAGUCAGUGUGUAAGUUGCAACGACAAGGGGUAAGGGGAGAGGGGUUGACGUUUGAUAGAGACAUGCGGGGAUAUGGAGUAGAGAUGGUGGAUCUUUCAAGGACGGAUCGGGUCUAA